AACAGUGGCCAGUGGGAAGACUCAUCACUGCAAUUUACCAAUCGCGCUGCAACUACAUUUCAGAAACGCGAUGGAAAUUCAUGAAGGCUAUACAAAUUCGGAAAACACUUUAUUAAAAACGGUAACAUUUGCGCUACAUUUCGGAAAUGCGGUGCAAAUUCAGAACACACAUACAACUUCAGAAACGCUGCAGUCACACCAACGGAAGUGUUCGUUUCCGAACGACACGGAAAGAGAAUGGAGAUGAUUGUGUGUUUGAGGCUGACAGGAAAUUGAAACUUGUGACAGAAAACCAGCAGCAGUAUGUGGUUCCUGUUUCAGUGCCUCCUACUCUACCUACCGAAUGCUCUGUCACUGUGAGUGCUAACAACAGCAGCACUGUAGCUAUGCCAACACUCUGUAAAAACAACAUCUUUGGUUCAGUAAUCAUCAAUGCCAACACUUCUGGCACUUCCUGCAGUGUAAAUGCAGGAGGAGAAGCAGCAGACACAAUCUCAGAUGAUGCAGUUCUACAGAAACACCUGCAAAGUCACAAAGCCACCAUAAAGAAGAAAAUUGAGUGCAUAUUUGAGGGCAAAAAGGAUGUAAAAAAUAAAAUACAUCUUAAGAAAGUUUAUACGCAGGUCUUCAUCACAGAAGGAGAACUCAAAGAGGUCAAUAAUGAACAUGAAAUUCUGAAGAUUGACAAAGCUUUUAAUAUGAAAAAAUCUCAGGACACUCCAAUCAACUGUAAUCAAAUUUUCAACUUGCCAUGGAAAAAUGAAAAGAACAAGCUUGUGUUGACCAAAGGAGUUGCUGGCAUUGGAAAAACAGUUUCUGUUCAGAAAUUCAUUCUUGAUUGGGCAGAGGGAGAUGCAAACCAGGAUAUAGACUGCAUGUUUCUUCUUCCAUUUCGAGAGAUUAACUUGGUUAAAGAUGGAGAGUACAGUUUUCAUGAAUUGCUGUUGGAAUUCUACCCUGAACUGGACAAACUGAAGGAAACAAAAAUCUAUGAAGACUACAAGCUUGCAUUCAUCUUUGAUGGGCUUGAUGAGAGUCGACUUCCAUUGGAUUUCAACAGCAAAAUAGUGUGCAGCGUAACAAAGAAAGCAUCUGUGGAUGCCCUGAUUACAAAUCUCGUCAAAGGAAACAUACUUCCUUCUACCCAGAUCUGGAUAACCUCCCGACCAGCAGCAGCUCAUCACAUUCCUUCAGAGCAUGUGAGCUUAUUCACAGAGGUGCGAGGCUUCACUGAUGCACAGAAGGAGGAAUACUUCAAAAAGAGGAUACUGGAUGAGAAUAAAGCUUCUAAAAUCAUCUACCAUAUUAAGACUUCUCGCAGCCUGUACAUCAUGUGUCACAUACCUGUCUUCUGCUGGAUCACAGCUACUGUUCUGCAGGCAAUGCUGGUGGAAAACCAUGGAGAAGACAUUCCCACCACACUGACUGAAAUGUACAUCCAUUUCCUUCUUAUACAGAUGAACAUAAAGAACCAGAAGUAUGACAUGAAAUAUGAGCGAGACAUGAAAAAGCUGAUGGAAUCCAACAGAGAGAUGAUCUUGAAACUGGCCAAGCUGGCAUUUGAACAACUGAAAAAGAAGAAUAUAAUGUUCUAUGAAAAUGACCUGAGAGAGUCUGGCAUUGAUGUCACUGAAGACUCUGAGUUCAGUGGUAUUUGCACCGAGAUCUUCAAGCAAGAAUCUGUACUUCAUGAGGAGAAGGUUUACUGUUUCAUACAUUUGAGUGUUCAAGAGUUCCUCGCUGCCCUCCAUGUGUUCUGUUGCUACCUGAACAAAAACUUUGAUGAGCUGCAGUUUUUCUUUGACGACUACCCUCCUCGUCCUGCUAGUGUUAAGUUGGAUCUCUUACUGAAGAAGGCCGUUGACAGAGCCAAGCAGAAUGAGAGAGGUCAUUUAGAUCUUUUCUUGCGUUUCCUGCUGGGCAUCUCUCUGGAGUCCAGCCAGAAAUUCCUGAAUGGCCUGCUGCCACACACAGAAAAAACCAAAAAGAGCAUUGAUAAAGUAAUCCAGCACAUCAGGCAGAUGCAGAACAAAACUGUCCCAGUACUGUCCCCUGAGACAUCCAUCAAUAACUUCUUCUGCCUGCUCGAACUCAAAGAGAGAUCCCAUUAUAAUCAAAUAAAGAAAUAUCUGAACAUGGAGGCAUUUCCAGAGAGAGAACUCUCCUCAUCAAACUGCUCAGCUCUGGCCUACAUGCUAUUGAUGUCUGAAGAGGUGUUGGAUGAGUUUGACCCAAAGAAAUACAACACAUCAAGUGCAGCAUGCAGAAGACUGGUGCCAGUUGUGAGGUGUUGCAGAAAAGCUCUGUUUGCUGGCUGUGAACUGACUGAAAGCUGCUGUGAAGUUGUAUCUGUAGCUCUGCAGGCAGAUAAUUCCCCCCUCAGAGAGCUGGACCUGAGUGAUAAUUACAGUAUUGGAGGAGGAGUAAAACAGCUUUCUGAUGGACUGAAGAGCUCACACUGUAAACUGGAGAUUCUGAGGUUAGCUCAAUGCCAUUUUACCCAAAACAGCUGUACAGAAUUGGUUUCUGCACUCGGUUCCAUUUCAUCCUUCCUGAAAGAACUGGAUCUCAGCGGCAAUGAUCUGGAAGAUUCAGGACUGAAGCAACUCUUAGCUGGAUUUCAGAAUUCAUAUUGUAAAUUGAACACUUUGAGGCUGGGCUGGUGUAACCUCACAGAGAAGAGCUCUGCAUUACUUUCCUCCAUUCUCCACUGUGGUUCUGAUCAUCCUCUAAGAGUGCUGGACCUCAGCAACAAUGAUCUACAAGACACAGGAGUAAAGAUGCUCUCUGCUGGACUGGAGAAUCCCAACUGUAGGCUGGAGAUACUGGGGUUGUCUGGUUGCUCAAUCACAGAGGAAGGCUGUUCUUCUCUGGCUUCAGCCCUGACCUCAAACCCUUCACAUCUGAAAGAACUGGAUCUGACCUACAACCACCCAGGAGAGUCAGGAGUGAAGCUGCUGUCUGCUAGACUGCAGGAUCAACAAUGCAAACUGUUACUCAAGACUGACCCAAAGGGUGAAAAGUUUAUUAAAGCAGGACUCAAAAAGUAUGCUCGUGUGCUCACGUUCGACCCAAACACGGCACACCAAAAUCUCUACCUGUCCGAUGCCAACAGAAAGGUGACUAACAUGAAUAAGAACCAGCAGCAUCCAUAUCAUCCAGACAGAUUUGAAAUGUUUUCACAUGUGCUGUGUAAAGACAGUCAGUCAGAUCGCUGUUACUGGGAGGUUGAUUUUAAAGAUGCAGAUUGUAUAAUAGGAGUCACUUACGAAGAAAUCCAAAGGAAAGAAUUUGAAAUUUCUUUGUGUGAUCCCAAAGCUCAGUUUGAUUCAAAUCCAGUGUCGUGGUGUCUUAGGUGCAUUUCUACUGGCUAUGAGGUCUGUCAUGAUUCAGUGUACAUAAAAAUACAUGCUCCUGAUUCAAAGUCAAGUAGAAUAGGAGUGUAUCUGGACUGGCCAGCUGGCAAACUGUCAUUUUACAGCAUCUCCUCUGACACACAGAUACUGAAUCAUAUACACACCUUCCAGGCUGCUUUUCAGAAGCCUCUGUAUCCUGCGUUCACUGUGCAUACAGGCUCUGUCUCUUUGUGCCAGAUGAACUAAUUUGCCUGAAAUACUUGAGCCACUGGUCAUAAGACAUUGUGUUCUCCAGUGUAGUCUAAACUAUAGACUAUAUUCUGCACUGUAUUCUACACUGUAGUUCUGUCGUUUGUGUAGGUCUGUUGUUUAUGUUGUCGGUUUUUGCCUCUGUUAGCGUGAGUGUUUAAACGUCAAAUAAACGUGUGUUGGUCUGUCACGCUA